GUAAUAAUCUUACCCGUCAGUCUGAGGCCGUGGUUCGUUGGGUAAAGUUGUGUUUCGUUUGUGCUCCGGAGGAUUUCGAGUUUUUGAAGCCAUUGGGACAGUUCAUAUCUACCUACGGCUAACGGUUGCCGCAUAGCUCCAAGGCUUUUCGAGCGCUCCAGACGAGUGUACCACGGAUUAAGACAGUGAAAGCUUAUUUAUUGCCCAAUUGUUACGUUUAAUAAUUUGAUUGACAAUAAAGUGUACUUACGGGAGUCCAAUGGACCAAGGUGUCGCUUGGAGAUUACUUGCCGAUAUGUUGUGAUUUAUGAUGAUCCUGUAAACUGGAAAACAAAUUGUGCUAGAAGAACAAUGAUGGUGAAGAUGGAAAGUGAAUUAUAGUAAUUAUUAGAAAACGUUGUAGCUGAUUGGAUUAACCUGAAGUGACGAAUUAUUAGUGAUAAACCGUGAGAAUAUCUGAAUCGAUCAAAAAUGGUGUCCUACUACAAUCACUUUGCUAUGUACCCGAAGAACCAUAGCGGCAAUCUGCCGUAUUCUGCAUCAGCGGGAUGGUAUCCGGGAAACUACCAGCAUCAACCGCCGCAUCCGCAGUUCAUCGGCGACGGAGAGUCCUCCCCCCAGCCCAUGUAUUACCCACAUCCCCACGUAUUCCACCAGUCCAGUCCGGACUGGAGCGGGCACGAAAAUUUCUCCACGCCGCCCCAAACGACGCUGCUUCCCCAUGGGGCAAGUUCCGGAGGUCUGCAUCUGGGACAAACGACACCGGGCGCCAACAACAACAAUAACAACAACGCCGGUGAACACUGUCCCGAUGCCCUGCACAGCAUACCGUCGCCGCCGAUUACCGUUUCCGGUAGCGAUAUGUCCAGCCCGGGAGCCCCGAACGGAUCGUCCUCGCCGCAGAUUGCCUCCCGACCGACGCCGGUGAAAAGCCCCUUCGAGUGGAUGAAGAAGCAGUCGUACCAGUCACAGCCCAAUCCAGGUGGCCACUAUCUGCAACAUGUUACAACGAUAUUCAACAAUCGAUCGCUGAUGGCGUCCGCCGACAGCGGAUACGACCAUUUUCGCUACCCGUCCUCUCUGGUGGGUCGAAACUGUGGCGACGAAGUUGACCGGGACGGCAGUCAUUCGCCUCCGGUCAACAUGGCGCAUUUCAGCAGCCGGAAAAUGGCAGGAGGCGAUGGGAUGACGGGCGGUUCAACGCAAGGCGGCAUGAUACGAGGGAAAACCCGCACAAAGGACAAAUACCGGGUCGUGUACACCGACCAGCAGCGGCUCGAGCUGGAAAAAGAGUUCCACUACACCCGGUACAUCACCAUUCGGCGAAAGUCCGAGCUAGCCCAAUCGCUGCAGCUGUCCGAGCGGCAGGUCAAGAUCUGGUUCCAGAAUCGUCGCGCCAAGGACCGCAAGCAGAAGAAGAAGGCCGAAAACGGUCCGGUGUCGCUGAACGGCCAAUCCCUGGUAGUGGCCCACUCGCAGCACAACGGUGCCCAGUCCAUGUCCAGCCUACUGGUGGACACCAAGCCGAAACUCGAACCGUCGCUUCAUCUGUCCCACUUGCACCAGAUGAGCGCCAUGAGCAUGGGAAUGAGUUCCAUGGGACUGCACCAUGCCCACCACGCCCUGCACCCACAUCUUGGAGUGCCCUCGUCUCAGCAUCUAAAUCAGGGCCCCGGCCCGCAGGUUCCCCCGGGCUCCUUAAGCAUAAUGUGAUGUGGUUCGUUCGAGUAACUUAUUUCUUUGGUUUAUAUAGAUUCUAGCGUGAGCUAGUCUCGUAAAUUAUCGAUCGUGUAGCCUCGGCUUGAACAUUUAUUUGGUAGGAAAUGAGAUGAUGCCUAAUUGUAGCUAGAAUCGACGGGUAAAAUGAUUUUCUUUGGAUGGGUUCAAUAAAAGCGCAUACCCUAGAAGCAUUUCUCAUUUUUGUAUUAUUUUUCAAAGUUGCAGAGCUGCUAGGCCAUGGAAAUGGAUGAAAAUGCCUUAUUAGAGUCGAAAACACGCAAUCAUCAAGUCACUUUGAACUAGAAAAAUUUUAGUCACGAAACAGUCUGAAUAUUUCAUUCCAUCCCUCGAGGAGGGAGCACCGAAUGCUUUUUAUGAAUAAUUUAUGAAGCAACACGCCCGGUCCCAAAUUGCGUUCAUGUGCCUAGAGAAUCCACCAAACACUCCAAACAUGUUUUCCGCUGAACCCCAUGAAUACCGUUGAGUUGUAGUGAAUUUUAGGGACAGUCCAACCUCGAGAUUGAUUCCAAACCAAAUUGUAAUAACAGAACAGUGUUUGAAGUUUUGAUAGCCCCAACAAGUGGGAAGAAUAUAAAAACAACUAAGUGCAAUGUAAAAAAUGAUAUAUACUUUUAAUAAACCUAAAUGUAGCAAAUAAGAAUUGUUAGUUUUUUUUUUCAUAAAGGCCACGAGUUUAGCGAAUAAGUACGAAACAAAGAUGGUAACAAUCUUUGAAUGAUUAGGGGAGUAAAAUCUAUGUAAAAAGGAUACUGCAGCAUAUGCUAGCUUUACACUGCGCUACUUAACUAGAUUGAUUGCCUGCUAAGUAUUAAACAACGAACGAUACCUUUAAGGAGUCACAGAACGGAUUUAACACAACAGACACAAACCUAAAAUUAACGCAACCCUUCUUAGCCUGCAUACACAAAACCUCUAGCCAGAGCUAUAUUUCUGUAAAUAUCAACCGCUUAUUCCCGUUCACCUCCACAUUAUGUGUACACCCUCAAAUCAGUAUUAUCUUAUUGUUUUUCCAUUUUGCGUUUUCGCUAGGGCACUGUGUGAGAGCCUUUUCGCUAUGUCUGAGUGUAGAAAUAGAGGUUUUAAUUGUUCCCGAUGACCCGUGAACCCACGAAGAAGGUGCUAAUUGUUCCACGGAUGGCGGAAUCCGAAAGGAUCAAUUUGCAAUCAAACAAGAUGGAGGGCAAUUAUGCACCUAUUACACUCUAGAAGGCGAAAGAAGACCCGUCGUUGUGCUUUUGUUGUGUUUUGGGUAAUAAACCGGGGGUUUUCCCACGAUUAUUAGCAGGUUGGGGAUUUGUUUGAACGAACAAAAAAAGUGCUAAAACGAGAUUAUGCUACAAUAAGAAUUGUUUUUUUUUAUCAUUUCAAAUGUUGUAAUAAUUUGCUCAGAAAAUCAUAUGCAGUCGUUCUUAACGGUAAUUUAGUUAGUAGCCUAUUAUUUAGAUUAUUUCCGGAAUUUUGUUUAUCUAGCGAAGAAAGAACACUUAAUUAUUAUAAGUGACACUGAAAUAAAGGAAUCAUGCUUAACAUA